AUGAAAAGGGACGUUGAAUUUUGGUGCGUUUUGCUGAUAGCCAUAGUUGUGGGGUGUGUUACGGCAGAGAUCGAUCACGGAUCGAUUGUUCAGAACAUAGAGCAGGAGGCAAAAGGAUCGUCUGGAUUUUUGUCCAUAGACAGUUGGAAGAACAAGUGCAGUAAAUCGUACAGUUCGAUGUGUCUGAAGUUUGAUAUCGUUUCGUUAGUCAACCGAUUAGCAGAACAGGACGAUAUUGGAAUCCUGCCGAGCGUAUCGGUCGUUAAGCAAAGGAGCACGACAACCGCAGCCUCAUCCUCGGACGUCGUGGCGAAUCUCGCCCGUGAUUUUCCAAACGACGCCGAAAAGCGCGUGGAUGCCUACCUGCUGAACAAAAUCGGCACUUACCUGAACAGCCACGCGAUCUCGGUCAAAUUGUUCGAACCAAAGAGUCUCUAUAAGACGACCCUUAAACACGUGGGGGCUACUGAACAGCGCCAGAGUGAUGAUUCUAAGGGGGACAACGCAGAGACUGCCCGUAAGAAGGACAAAGGGGGAAACGGCAGCAUGAUGGCCGGGCUCAUGAUGAUGAAGGGCACGCUGGGCGCUCUGGGAUUCGGUGCGUUGGCAAUGCUGGCGGGCAAGGCGCUGAUGACGGGUCUGAUGGCCCUGAUGUUGUCGGCCAUCGUUGGUCUCAAGUCUCUCACGCACGGCGAGAAGAAAACGACCUACGAGAUCGUCAGCAAGGCGGCGCCCGUCCACACCUCCGCGCACACGCAAAGCUCCGAGGAGCAUCAUACGGGCUACGCCAUGGGCUACGGGAGGUCCUUGAACGACGAAGAAGUGGUGCACGAGACUCUGAAGGCCCACGGAAAUGUGCGUGACAGGCGUGCACUUCCGGCCAGAGUACUAUGA